UGCUGCUGCUUGGCUAAUUUUAUCGUGCCAGUUCAAGAGGGCAGGGACUAAAAGCAAUGUUACAAAACGAGGAAGAAGCAACAUGUCUGCUGUGACCGCUUGGAUUACAAAACCUGUGAUUCAACGUCCUGUAGACAUGAGUAAUCGCUCUCGAGGCUCCAGGGUGCGACAGCAUGUCCACUGUGAUUCCUGCUACAGCCGGCGCUGCAGGGCUCGGGUGGAGGUCUCUGUGUGCUGUGCGGUCAUCCCCUGCCGCCUGCUCUGUGGAGCUCUCUUCCACCUGUGUAAAGAGGAGGAUCACCUGCUGCUUUGCCCUAACGUGAGGGUGCCCUGCCUCAAUGCUGAGUAUGGCUGCCCGCUCCACCUGUCCCGCUCCUCUCAGGCAGCUCACCUCCAGGUGUGUCCGGCCAGCGUGGUGUGUUGCUCCAUGGAGUGGCUCCGAUGGCCGACUGAUGACACAAAUCCACACUGCAAUGACAUAGCCCUGCAAGAGAAGUUGCUGAAGGAAAAUGAGGGGCAGGGGGAGCCUCUGGACCUUGCCAUGACCCUGGUGGAUCAGUCAGAUCUUUAUGACCGCCUGAAAAUGAAGCCUCUCUAUCCAGAGCUGAUGGAGGAAGAAGAGGAGGAAAUAAAGGACGAGAAGAAAGAGGAGACGGCAGUGGGAGGGCUCGUCAAUGGUGUCACAGACAAAGAUACCAUAGAAGAGAAUAAUGUUGUUGAAGAGACAGUACUGAACAGUGUAGGGCAAUGCUCAGGCAUCAACAAAGAGAAAUACAACCUGUGUGAGAUGAUGUUCGGCAUGGAAAAAGGCGGCUGUGCUGUCGCUCAGGCAAACCAAGACAAUCCCAAACAAAAGCCAAAGCCUGGUGAGAGAGUGAAAGACAGAGACACAGAGAAAGAUCAUGCGGCUCCAGACACAAGUAAGACAGGACUGGCCCCUUGGCAGGAGGGGGUGCUGGAGCGCCUGGGGCAGGAGCUCACCCCGCAGGAGUACAACAUGUAUGUGGUGCAUCAUGGGCGCAUGCUGCUCACCUUCGGACAAAUCAAGGCCUGCACGCCGAGGGAGGAGGAUUUUGUGUAUGGCAGUCUGGAGCCUAUCCCAGUCCAGACCCUGCACUCUUUUAAGGUUCCUGAAAGCUAUCACUACAGCAGGCGGCGGAUCCAUCAGUACGACACGACUCGGCCUCCAGGCGAGCCUCGCAGCGUGGACACAUCAGACCUCAAAGUCAACGAAGAAGACUGGUUCAGUGAUGAAGCAGCAGCAACCCUGCUGGGCUACGCUGAGGUGGAGGUCAGGGGUCACAAGAUCAGUGAGUUAAAGGCAGCCGACGGGCUUUAUGUCGACGAGGGAACCCAAACGCACUCGUUCCGCAAAGCGCCGUUUAAAGCGAAGACGACCCUGGCGGAGGUGAUGGUGGACAGACCGCUAAAGCUUCGUCUUCAGCUGCAGUCAGAGAGAGUGAACAGCAGACAUAACAGAGCCAGCUCUGUCUUCACCUUCAUCUGUGGUCACUCCUUCCUCCGCAGAGAGUUCGCCACACAUUUCAGGAACGUCCACAGUGACAUCCAGACAGGUCUGAGUGGAUGGUUCGAACAGAGAUGCCCCCUAUCGUAUCUGGGAUGUACCUACAACCAGAGGAGGUUUCAGCCCUCCACACAUAAAGCCACUGUCUCCUACAAUAAACAGCUGAGGAGUUUCAGCUUGCGUCCAACACUGCGAGCAUCAGUAGGGGACGCCUCGCAGACAUCCAGCAGCUCAGUGGACUCCUCCGCCGCUCAGAGGAAGAGAGGUCGGGGAGGAGAGGACUCUCUGAGCUUGCUGCCCUACGAGGUGCUGUGCCACAUGGCCAGUUUCCUGGACAGCCUGUCCCUGUCCCAGCUGGCUCUGGUGUCCCAGCUGAUGAGGCAGGUGUGCUCCUCUCUGCUGCAGGAAAGAGGGAUGGUCACCCUCCACUGGGAGAAGAAGACCUACUCACAUGGAGGAGCCAAGUGGAGGGCCAAACCUGUAUGGGAGUUCAGUCACCUCUUCUCCUCAGUGGAUUCGUGGCAUAUGGCAGACAUCCCUCCAAUAUCAGUUCAUCUAAAAGUCUGUCCUUACUACGAAACUUCUCUACACAGUGAGCCUGUUCCCCUCCCCGGCAUGAGUGACAAACAGAAGUGCAGACAGGAAAGGCUCAGCCUCGUCGACCUAUUCACAGGAAACAGAUGGCAACAAUGAAAAAGAUCCUUUGAUUUGUAUCUUCUGUGUCAUUAUGCAUUUGUGUGUUAUUGAUACAAUGGCAGAUUGCACACCUAUAGGAAUAAUGUCUUAUUACCAGUAUGUCACAAAGAACUACACAGAGCAAAUAAAAUCAACCGGAACUUGUA